GUCUCUAAAAAUGAAUAAAUGUUAAAAAAAAAUUUUUAAAAAAAGCUGGUUACUUCUCUGUCUGGACUUCAGGUGCCUUUGGGUUUGAAGCUAUACUUGAUCUGGAAAGGAAAGUUACUUUCAGUAUGUGUAGACUUCUGUGAUUAGUCCUUAAGUUAUUUCUUCAGAGCCAGAGAGAAAUUCCACUAAAGCUCUAACAGAUUUCUGGCACCCCAUGGCAAGACUUAAGGAGUGCCUAGGAGGGCAGCGCCUGUGGGGCACAGCUGCCUCUGGGGCAGUUGUCUGUAGCCAGAUGGUAGAAAUAACUCCAGAGCCAGUGAGACCUCAGGCCAAAAAUCAUACAAAGAACCCACUGAACCCAGGCCUAUCUUGUUUGUCCUGGAAGUUGGGUUUCUAACAUAAUGGAAAGAGAAGGCUGUAAUUAUCAUCCUCUGGAAAAGAUAUCUGUUCUCUCUCUAAGGUCCUUCAAGGAUGUAAUCAGGCCCAUCAAUAUCCUUUAGAUGCAAGGUGCUGUCUGGUUCAUUUCCGGUAGAUAGACCUGCCUCUGGGAUAAGAUCGUCUCAAACUAGGCAGCUGGGACCAUCUAAAAGCUUCUGUGGAAACUGGAAUGCAAGCAAUGUAGGUUUUUCUGGCUUAACCUGUAAGUAUAAGUCAUACCAAGAAAAGAGUGGAAGGUCUCGGGGCCCAGAGAGGGAGGAAAUGUAGUGAUGCUGGGCUGCUGGAGAGACCAUCAUGUGGACAAGACUCCUAAAUUCCCCGCUGCUUCUUCGCCAUCAGGUUAGGGUUUGUGGAGCGAUAACGACAGGUCCCCGUGUCGCCAGGAUCUGGCCACGUGACCCGGCCCAGUUCUAUUCACACGCACGUGUCUGGCCCUAGACUUUCCCACCAGCACCCGCAGCUGCUGCCGUCCUAGGCCUUUACCUCUGCACCUGCACAGCCUUGUCAUUGUCCUUGCAUUCUCCGAGUGUCUGUGGGAAGCUUAGGGGAGAAAAGCGGGGCGGGGGGGAGGGUGCCCUAACUCAACUUCCAACCCAGCCAAACCUCUUCCUCUCCCACAUCCCUUGCAGCUGCCACAGCAGGAGCCACUGAGAAGUCACCCCCCCCCUCGGGUGCCCAGAUGAGCACUUGCGCCCCCCCUACCCCCACCGGUGCUUCUGAGUCCCCUCCCAUUGAAGAGCCCGCAGCUUUGCCUGGUCUGCAUGCUGGAACCUGCGAGCUGAACCUGAGUCCGUCUGAUCCGAGGGCUGAGAGUGAGAGUGAAGGCAGGCAGGGCUGGUAGAGAAUCCAGGUCCCUAAGCUCGACUUGUAGUCUAGGAGAAAAGGGCAAGUGUGAUACUCAUUUGCCCCCGAGAGCUGGUGAGAGUGGCUUCGUGGGAAAGAGAGCGUGUGCCUCUUCAGAGACUUGGGGCCCAGCCUCUGCCUCCUUUGUUCUUUGGCUUGAGGUGGUGACUGUGGUGGAGUCGAGGCCAGAGCUCCCCAGGCCUCCAGCAUAGAGACGAGAUCGCAUGGGCCACUUCUGCAAGACAUGGGGAUGGUAAGUGAGUAAUACUCACUCUUACAGCCCCUUGUAGUCCUUGGCACCCCAAACAUGGCCUUCCUUAGCCCCCUCCCCGAGCCCUCCCUCAUCACUGCUCUGAUAGUGGUCUCGGACUCACCGCCACUUAUGGCCCCAUGCGUUCUCCUGACCACCUGAGCCUGGUGGCCAUAAGGAGCUGUUCGAGGAGAGCAAGGGCCCUGAACAGAGCCCCCCGAUAGUGGGGAGGGAGGUGGAUGGCAGUGUUGGCAAUGGCCAGGGGCUAGGCAGUGGGGAGGGCAGAGAACUAGGGCAAGGAGAGGUUCCUCCUGGUACUGACCGGUCCCGACCUCUUCUUUUGCCCAGCCCCCCGCCCAAGUGCCUCUGGCCACACUUAUCAGUGCUGCUCUGUCCGUCUAAGCUGGGGACCUCCUAAGAUCACCCAUUCUUCCAGCAGGAGUGUGGACAACCCCAAAAACACCAGGUUACUCUGCCCUGAGGUCUCCCCUCCUCUUGGCAGCCCCUUAACCGGGGGAGUCGAAGGGGCACUGCCCCCAGCAAACUAUCCUAUGCCACCAAACUGCCCAAGUAUUGACCUAAACCAGCUCUCAUCUGUUCUUUCUUCAACACAUGUAUCCAUUACCUCCUACGUGCAAGGGCCUUACUUUGCUCAUCGUUUUACAGCUAAGGAAGUGACUAUGCCCCCGUCAGUAUUUCAGAGUUGCCCCCACGUAGUCUCGAAUUCUUGCAUUUAAGCUAUAUUUGCAUGGAAGAAAACAAUCUCAAGUUUUCAAGACGUUUCAGAACUGUGUUUCAGGGAGAGAGAUAGUGAAAGUAUCCUCUAUAAAAACAAGGUGGACCCCAUCACGGUGCUGUAUCUAUCCUGAGAGGGCAAGCAUGGCCCUUCCUCUAUAACAGUUACACUCUGCAAACAGCAACUUACAGUGCCGUCCCCUUGGCCUGCCUGGUGGCUGUAAGCACGGGCUCUGAGGUCAGACGCCUUUGGGUUCAAACUGCAUUUAGCCACUUACUCUCCCUGAGAUUCGAUUUCCUCACUUAGAAAGUGAUCUCAUUUGGUUCUUGUGCACACUAAAAGGUAGAGAUGGCCGAAGCGCUAAGCCCAGCUCCUGACAUCACUUUAGCACCCAAGUGAUGUUAUUGCCGUUAUUGCGAUGGUGAAUAUUGUUAAUUAUACUUUUCAUUCAUGAUCUCGUUUCAUGCCCCGGAAGGAGAAAUAAGGCUCACGUCCUCUUUCCUUUCACAUCUGAUAAAACCGAGGCUCCGAAAAGCCCUUGCUGAACCCACGGCCAAGUCUGAAUCCUGCUGUCGGGGUGCCCUGGGCCCGCAGGGAGCACAGAGCCACCCCUGCUCUGCAGGGCUGAUCCUUGCCCAGCCAGGUCCUGACAUGAAGAGGCAGCUACAGCAGAGAAGGAAAAAGGAGCUCUCUGAGCUGCGCUGUGGGACAAACUUCUAAGAAAAAGAGACUCUUACAUCCCCAUUUUACAGAUGGGAAAACCGGUAUCAGGAGGUGACACAACUCACCCAGCGUCAAACAUCUAGUUCCCUCAAUUGCUAAAGUGCCUUGCGAAACAGCCUGGAGGAACCCUCAUUGGUCCCAUGGGCUGUGUUCUUCCUCCCUGGCCCACCCAGAUGAUUACUGCUGCCCCUCAGCUCCCAAGAGGCAGCUCUGAUUCUCUGUCCCCAUAUAUCCCUCGUCAAUGGCUGACUGCAAAGUGAGAGGCCAAGUUUAGAUCCAAGUGCCUGCCUGAACACUCGGAGAGCCUAGUGCUACAGGGCUGGGUGUCUCCUUGUCCUCAACCAACAGCAGCACCGACACCAGGCUGGAGUCACACUUGCGCACAGAAGGCCCUGAUUUCUCCGCCAGGUCUGGCCUCAGAGAUACUGUCCUGAUUCUGCUAGGUCUCUAAUCUCUGGUCUCGAGGCCCCAGUCCCUUCUGGAUUCAAGGCAAUGUUGCCUCAAAACAAGGACGAGGUGCUGCCACAGAACACAGCACCCCCUGGGCGCCCCCCUCAGGGCUCCUCACAACUUGUGGACUUGUCUUCUGGCAACCUGCAGUCUCUGCCUCCCCAGCCAUCGCUCCCUCCCUCUCACCCACCUUGCUCCCCUCCCCCACGGUCCCACUCUCCUGGCUCCCAUUUCUACAACUCUGACUCAGGUUCUGACUUUGUCCUACAUCCCUACUCUUCCUCCCUCCCAAGUUCCCCCACUUUCUUUCAUCAGAAUUACCUCUCUCUCUCCCUCACACGCUCUUCCUCUCCCACCCGCCAGCUAUACCCCUCCCUUCCUCCUACUUCUUCCUCCUCUUCCACUCAGCUACAGAAGGACUCUCUCCCCCACUCUCACCGUCUGUCUCUUUCCAACCCAGGGUACCACCCCAGCUCCACUGUCACUUCCCCGGCCCCCAGCCUUCCUUCUCCUGGGGUCCACGGGAAGAGGCAGACAUGGCCCUGGCACCAGUACAGGGACACCGGGUCCCUUGGGGUGGUGGGGGGAUGCGUGGCAAGCCAGAGGGACCCUGCAGAGUUCAUGGACCCGGGAGCCCUGGCCCAGGCCCUAGUGGUCCAUCUGGGGCACCGCCGCAUUGCACGCGACCUGCGGCUACUGCUUUUACAGCACCUGUGGCUAGGCACAACUGGCCAGGCCCCAGUUGUAGAAUAUCCUAUAUGCCUGGUGUGUCUCAAGCCCCGCAGCCCCACGUGCCCCAUCCCCAGGUACAAGACCGGACCCCGGCUGCUUGCCUUCCCCCAACUACUGCCCUGUGCGCAGGGCCAGGAAUCUGGACCACUCCGCCUAGGCAUUGGCUUCGGCCUCUGCCUGCCUCGGGGCCAGGCCAGGGCCUUGCACCUGUUGCCAGAAAGAAGGCCAGAGGAAGUAGGUCCACAGGGCAAGGCCGCUCAGGCCCGUGGGUAUCAAACCCGGGCGUCCCAGGCCCCAGCAGCUCACGUACCGGUGGCUCAGGCACGGGCAGAUCCAGCCCGGGGCCCACCCUCCCCCACCAGGAGCCUCAGAUCUACACACUCUAUGCGCUUUUCAGGGCCUUUACCACAGGCACCAAAACAGGCCACUGUCUCCCUGAAGCCCAGGCCGUCCUCUGCCCGAAAGAGUCCUGCCUCUUCAGAGCCCAUUCUCCGAAAGUCGCCACUCUAGUUCCAGAGACAAGGAGGCUCCCUGGAGUACCUCCUCUGAACCCCACUGCCCCCACCAGGCUCCAGAACUCAGGGAGCCCCCGAGACUCCCUGAAGGGCUGGCUGGCCGGAGGUCAGGUGUGUUCUCCAGCCUUGAACCCUGGGAGCCCCUUAUGGAGUCUGCUCUCUCCUGGCUGAAGAGGACGAAGGACACCUGAGACCCCAUUCGGCCUUCAGUGUAUCCAAUAAAGCC